GCUGCCGUGGCCCUUCCAUCCCCUCAGCUCCCCACCAGUUCCGAGUGCUCCACCGGCGCACUUCACUGCUGCAACUCUGUCGAGCCGGCCAAUUCGGACAAGCUGGCGCCCAUCCUCGAUGCACUGAGGCUUACGGUUCAGUCGGACCAAAAUGUCGGGCUGUCCUGCACCCCGAUUCCUGUGGGUAGCGUGGGCGGCGGUCCCAGUUGCUCCGCGUCGCCUGUUUGUUGCAACGGAAACACCUUUGGUGGCCUCAGCUUGGGCUGCUCACCUAUUCCUCUGAUCCUCUAG